AUGAGUUCAAGGAGAGAGAUGUGGAACUGUACAAAUUUGGAGAAUGCUUUAGUGAUUCCACAUGGUGAGAUAUACCCAACACUUCAUGAUGCAAAUCAGGCCAUGAAUGUAAAAGCUGAAGCAGUCUCAGAUGCAGAAGAGGAAGAGGAUCCUGUCCCAAUAACAUUUCCAGAAAUAAAGGCUGAAGUAGAGGGUAAUUUGAAUGAACUUCAACCCAUACAUGGGGAGGAUCGACAGUAUUCCUGCAAUGAGUGUGGUGAAUCAUUCAGUCAGCAUAUAAUUCUGAGAGCACAUCAGCACAUACAUAGUGGGGAAGAGCCAUUUUGUUGCAUUGUGUGUACUAUGUCAUUCAGCUGUAAGAGUCUUCUAAAGGUGCAUCAGUGCAUACAUAGUGAGAAGCCAUUUUGUUGCAUCGUAUGUAAUAAGUCCUUUAGUCAUCAGAGUCAUCUGAAGACCCAUCAGCACGUACAUAGUGGCGAAAAACCAUUUUACUGUGAUGUAUGUAAUAAGUCAUUUAGAAAGCAGAAUCAUCUGAAGACACAUCAGCACAUACAUAGUGGCAAAAAGCCAUUUUACUGA